UGUGGGGAGGCUUUUCCAAGAGGGGAGGUGUCGGUGUAACAACUCCGACAACAGCGGUCAUUCUACCCUGCGCAUGAGACCGACCCGUUAUAUUUACACGAUUCCUUACCUGGAGCGUAAAAUGACGCGAUUUUUGGUCAAUUUUUACCUUUUUCUUUCUUUGACUCUCGUAUUUAGUGCCGAUUUGAAAGAAAUUCCGAUUCUGGGAUCUAAAAAUAUCCCCCGACUGUUAACGGAAGAAAUAAUGGCUGGAUUGUACUAUCGGGUCCGUCAGAACCACAGCGUGUUUUUCAAACCCGAAGAUUCAGAGGAUCUGUAUGUUGGAGUAACUGAUUUUGUAUAUACAUUUGACAUGGAUCACCUUCAGUUUAUAGAUACAAACCUGCUGGAGAAUUUUAAUGUAACUGGACAGAACCAGCAGUGCUCUGAGGAACCCUGCAAAAAUGUGGUCACUGUCAUAGAGAAGUUACAGGACAAGCUGCUUGUGUGUGCGGCGAACGGACUUAAACCACAGUGUUGGGAGUUGUCUCCCUCAGGGAACAUCCAGCACAAGUGGAGAGGCAUUUCUCCAUUUAGCUACAGUCAAAACUCCUUGUCUCUUUUUGCAGAUGGAGAUCUUUAUGCUGCAGCACCCUCGGAGGUCGAUGGAAGUUUGUUGCAGUUUAGAAGAGUAGCCGGCAAUAGAAAUUAUGUCUGGAUGCAUGACAGCUGGGUAUCAGAGCCAACGUUUAUCUCAGCCUCCUUGGUAAAGCGUGCGGAUGACCCUGACAAUGAGAAAAUUUAUUUCUUUUUCCGUGAAAGGAAUUCUUACCACAAUCCAGAAGCUGAUCCCUGGAUUUCAAGAGUUGCCAGAGUCUGCAAAGUAGAUGAAGGUGGACCAAAAGGAUUCUUUCAAAAUAAGUGGACAUCCUUCCUUAAGUCUCGACUCAUCUGCGGUUUUCCAGAGGAGUCGCUGUAUUUCAACCACCUCCAAGACAUCUAUGUGGUCCAUGCGGAGAACUGGCGUCAAACGAGAGUUUAUGCUCUCUUCACGAGCAGUUGGAACUUUACAGCAGUUUGCAUCUAUUCAAUAGAAAUGAUUGAAACAGUAUUUCAGAAUUCCUCCUUCACGGGUUAUGAUCAAGAAAUUCCGCGACCGAGACCAGGGACGUGUGUAAAGGACAGCAAGAGUCUUCCAUGGGGAACCAUCAGUAUUGUGAGGGAUCAUCCAGAAAUGACCGACUGGGUUCAUUCCAUACAUCAGACAGCUCCAUUCUAUAUCAGCAGUCACAAUUACACCAAGAUCGUCGUUGACAGAGUUAAAGCUGCCGACCAGCGUGAAUAUAAUAUUCUGCUACUUGCUACUGAUACUGGACUAAUCCAUAAAGUCUUAGAAGCUGGUUCUGAGCCUUUCAUCAUCUCUCAAACUCAAAUUUCCAACAAUUCGAGUGUUCAAGCAAUGAAGCUUGAUUCUAAAAAGAAAAAGUUAGUGGUUGGUUUUUCUGAGAAGAUCUCCACCAUGGAUCUCCAAACAUGCAAGAAGUAUAACUCCUGUGAGGAGUGUGUCCUGGCGCGAGACCCCUACUGUUCUUGGACAACGAAGUGCACCGCAACAGUCCUUGGGGGCAUUCAGAACAUCAUGAAUGGAAGCAUAAGUGUGUGCUCUACAACAACGAAAGGAAAUAGUCAUAAGGUACACAAGCGGGAUGCAGGUUCAUCAGAAAAUAGUAAGAUUCAGACUCAUUCAGUCCCCCGUAAUGUCUCAUUCUACCUGUCCUGCCCCAUUCACUCUUACCACGCUGUGUACAACUGGAAGCAUCAUGACAAAACCAGCCCCUGUCUGCAGAUGCACUCUAACUGUCUGCAUCUCAUCCCCUCCAUGAAUCAAGAACACUAUGGCACCUACGACUGUGUCUCAACAGAGAAAGACUACACUAAAGUUGUGAAUACAUAUGAACUGAAGGAGACAAUUUACCCAGAACCCAGAAAAGACUCUAAGACGAGCAGCACACAAAUUGAGAACAGUGCAUCGAGUCUGGUUCCACUAGUAAUCUGGCUCACUCUGUUGAUUGCUGCUUUGUAGGACAUUUUCUGAUAGCAUUUGCAAAAUAUCUAAAGAGUGUUGGCCAAAGCUGCAGCCCGUCUUCAGAUAUCAUUAUUUCUCUGUCCUUGUUCUCACUCAUCAGGCUGGAAAGCAAGCAGCAUCAGAAAAAUAUGUUGCUGAACGAUAAAAAGCAUUUCCACGUCUGCUGCUUGUGCAACUGCGGCAGGAAUGUGCUUUGAGGACUAAUCAGCAAGAACACACACUUCUCGGUUGUACUUAAAUAGAAGCUAAAACAGGAAGACUUUAACAUUUGGUGGAAGAAAGCAACUCAAUAGACCAGCAAAAAAGCAUGCAAUAAUUUAAAAGUUCAGGGUGGGUUUAAAGUCUAUUGGUUGAAUAAAUGAGCCUAUGACUAAUGAACGAUUUCAGUGUCCAAUGCAAACCUAUUAUAAAGGGAGAGCAAAAGUGGGUAUCAUCUAAUGGUAGAAGGAAAAGCGGACAUAGUAAAUAGAUAACUGGAAUUCUUCGAUUGAAUCUUUAACUGAAGCGAAUGGCUUUAUUGCAAUAAGAGCUCCGGUUGGAAAGCCAUUGCUGGUGCAUUCAAAAUGUGCUCAGCAUAACUUGUUCUACACAACCUAACACAAUGCCAGGUUUAGAAAACAUUGGAUGCAGUUUUAAUUUUCCUGUUUUGUUCAAAAACAUAUUUUUUCUAAAUAAAUGCAUUUUGCACAAACUCAUACUGGAGAUAAACAUAUUGUUUUUGCAAACUAAAUCAUCAGCUGUGCCUUUUUAAUGAUGUUUGAGGAAAAACUAACUUUUUUUUCUUUGAACUUCUGCUCCCAAGUCCUUGCACUGGAUACUAGUUAGCUUUAGACUUUAUUUUCAACAAUUCCAUGGAGUAGUGCUUACAAACUCAUCAGUUCUUUUAGUACACAAACCCAGUCCGGCUGAGAUCUACAAGAAAACUGUCAGCAAGACCCAUGGUGAAGCUCUUUUUGGUUACUGUACUGGUAAAAGAUGGAACCAGAUUUGCUAUGAAUGAUGUCCACCUUUUUUCCAGAUUUAAGGGCAAACUUUCAAGGAUAUUGUUUGAAUAAAUUGUUUGUUGUUUUUUUACAGAGAAGUUAUGACAUGCUGACAAUGUUUUGAUGUUAAAAUAUUCCCUUAGUCAAUGUGCAAUGAAUAAAAAGCAAGUAUAUUUUUUGAGAGCUCUAAUAAACAUGCCGUUACUGAGUGAUCUGCAAUUCUUCUCCAAGAGUCUCCCAGAUUUGAAUAAACUUAUUUUGUGUAAAUGUAUUUUAUUUUUUUUCAAACCUUUCAUCGACAAAUAACAAACUUUGGUCAACCUAAUUCUGGUGACCCCUGCCCACAACUAUAUGCACACACCAGACAGUUUAUAAUAGGGCUAGGCAAACCAAAUUAUAAUGAUAAUCCUUGUGAAUGUUUUAUUUUCUCUGUAAUUCUGGUGUCCAUCCAUAGAUGAUGCUCUACAAAUAAAUUUACAUUUGUUUUGGUGCAGUUA